AUGGCGAGUUCGAAACCACAUAUUCAGAGCAGCCUGGAUCUACUGAGGGCUGAAAUGCGGAAGACGGCGAGGCAAGACCGGGAACAAGCGAGCGAGUAUAUCGUAUCUACAGGUACUGCAUUUUUGAGCAGCUUAAUUGGCGAAUAUUCAACACCUGUGAUGCCACCAGACCACUGUGAACCAAUGUACCAGACGACAAUUGUGGCAGACGAGCAGUGUUGGACUUUUUCCAUUCAGCACAUCGUCACAUCUCUACAAAUGUCUGGCGUUGAGAUACACGAGAAGAGUACGGCAGAGGAUUCGGUCAGUCGUUACGGAUGCACGAAUGGUAGCUGGUUACGUCGGAUUACGUCGACAACCGGAUUAGUUUGUCAUCUACAGAAACCUGCGGUGACAGCGACGUAUGCCGAGCUACUGCGGAAGUUAUGUACUCCGCUGGGCAGCGCAGGAGGAACUUAUGCAUCGAUGAUAAACAAACCCGCACAUACUAAUUUUGGUAACUUGGAAUUUUUUACGGAGCUGCUCGCGCAGCUGAGCAGCUGCUGGAUGGAAGACGCCGCUCUGGUACGUGCUCUGUUGAUCGCAGACGCUUGCGCGCCGUUGCGCCAGCUGCUAGCUGACCCAAUUUGGCCAAAAAUAGCAUGCGAUGGAGAUGUCAUCAACGUGGAACAGGAGACAAUGGAUACACCAAUCGGACCAUUUAAUCAGGUGAGAGUUAAAAUCGCAGCAGUAACGUUGGACACCUGGGCGAAGAUGAGAAACGGAACUUGUUCCGGUCCGGCCGAAUGGGAUCCCGGACAUUGGGGUCGCAACGUGGCUAUUAUUCCAAUUGAAACGUGCAUGCUGCAAAACGAGUCGACUUGGAUCUACCUACUGGCAUUCAUAACAACACGUCUGUGGAAUGGUCUACAUCUCUACAAUACUACAAUUAGACCAAACACUAAGCUUAGUGCUGAAAAUCCAUUAGUGGAAUACGUUGUGGCUAAGUGCAAGCCGUUAGCGACGAACGUGGUGGUUGAUGGUCCCAGCCGCAUUUUGCUUGUUCUUACAAAUGUUACAUCCAGUCUGGGUCUUCACGAGACGUACGUAGUGGACACCCGUAUCCCUGUGUGGAAUCCAUCGCAAGCUCGUGAAGUACAAAUACACUGGCCUGACGCAUGGUCGUACCUGAUGAAGUACACGGCCACUGGAUCAAGUGUGCAACGGGCUUUGUACUUGGUUGCGGAGGCAGCGCGCAACCUGGAUUUGGGUUUUUGUUCAAACCCGGCUAUGUCAUUCCCGGUUUAUGCAAUGCGACUUAAGCCCGACCUCUUGCCUGCACUGCCAGGGGUCAAGUUUAUUAACAGUAACUGGGGAGACGCCAGUACUGAUAUUCGCGCGGCGAUUAUCACAAUUAAUGCCCACAAUGUAUAUCCACAUGGCUUCCAUCCGUCUUUGUGGGUGAAUUAUAAGAUUACCGAUGAGGGGACGCGGGAUAUUCUCACGCUUACGUCCGUAGACGGCAGUGACAUUAGUUGCAGAUGUCACCAUUCCUCCCCUGACAUGCUUAUAGCUCGGUUUCUUGGGUUAAUUGCAUCUGGGCCAACAAUCAGCUUUAGCCAUGUAAGCGCUGUGCAUGAAAACAUAUCCGCAAUCGCAGCCUUCCAGUGUGUGGGCACUGCAUGGAUGCAAGCGGCGGCAGGCGUUUCAUGGGUCACUUGGGCCCUAAAGGAUAUACAAGAAGGUUAUCAGAUGUGUGAUUAUAUCGUGGACGAAAUGAUCGACGAAGCUACCGUGCAUCAUGUUGCGCGUGUUGAUCCAGGAGAAACAUGGGCCAAUUACGUGAUUUCUUGUUUCGGCGUCGACAAUCGCACAUCAUCAACACUUUUGAGCUGGUGGGCGAUAAAAUACAUCAUGCAAAAAAUGAAUUAUUUCAUUCCAGCCCAGAUUCAAAAGAGACAACUUCACGUAGGACAUCAGUUGCGUAUCGGCUUAUAUUUUAACAGUUCAUCCGAAUGGCAAGCACUUCAGCGAGCUACCAGCUGCAUUACAGUGCACUACGGCGUCCCAGUGUACGCCACAAACAGUUCAGAGUUCGGCAUAGCAUCGGAGUUCCUCCUGUUAUCAACCUGUAACGUACCGGACACAAACACGGAUGACGUACACAUGGAAGAAACUUGGUCCAGUCCUUGGUGGGACUGGUUGUUAACAGGUGUGAAGGCGGCCAAUUUGCAUAUUUUCGACGACAAUUUACCAGCCCCUUUGCGUUCUUUUUUAUACGAACGCAGCAAUCUGACAUCGACGCUUGAGAAGCAGGAGGCUUCGGAGUACGGCGCGCAAAUGUCCGCCCAGCAUAUAACAUCAGCGGAAAUGCAGACGAAGACGGCGGAUAGAGAGGCAUUGCAUGAAGCCGAAAAGGGCCCAAUCGAGCCAUGUGGUACUGUGGAUCCUCGACUAAGUGCACAUCAGCGAUUGCAUGAACUGACGAAGUUUGUCGGGAAUAGUUUGGAUUGUGAACGCUUUAUCCAGGGCAGCUACUAA